AUGGAGGCAGAAAGAGGCUCGCCCAGGAGACUGCGCUGCAUCGGCCGGCGCCUCUACGACGAGAACGAGGACCUGUCCGACGUGGAGGAGAUCGUCAGCGUGCGCGGCUUCGACCUGGAGGAGAAGCUGAGGAGCCGCGGCUACCGCGGGGACUUCGUGCGGCCCAUGGACGGCCAAGAUUUCAAUUUUGAAUACGUGCAGCGGGAAGCGCUGAAAGUCCCUCUCAUCUUCCGAAGUAAGGCUGGACUGGGAAUUAAAAUGCCCGAUCCAGACUUCACUGCCCAAGAUGCUAAAAUGCUUGUGGGGAGCCGACGGAUCGUAGAUGUAGUGGAUGUGAACACCCAAAAAGGCAUUGAAAUGAGCAUGGCUCAAUUUGUGCGGUACUACGAAACCCCUGAGGUGGAGCGCGAGAAGCUGUACAACAUGAUCAGCCUGGAAUUCAGCCACACCAAACUGGCCAAUAUUGUCAAGCGUCCCAAUGUGGUGGAUUUAGUAGACUGGGUGGACAACAUGUGGCCGCGGCAUUUAAAGGAAAGGCAGACCGAGUCCACAAAUGCCAUUUUGGAGAUGAAAUAUCCCAAAGUGAAAAAGUACUGCUUGAUGAGCGUGAAAGGAUGCUUCACCGAUUUCCACAUUGAUUUCGGAGGCACUUCGGUGUGGUAUCACGUUUUCCGAGGAGGAAAGAUCUUUUGGCUGAUUCCUCCAACAUUGCAGAACCUAGAACUUUACGAGGAAUGGGUUGUCUCUGGGAAGCAAAGUGAUAUUUUUCUGGGGGACCGUGUGGAGCUGUGCCAAAGAAUCGAACUGAAACAAGGCUACACUUUCUUCAUUCCUUCAGGGUGGAUACAUGCGGUUUACACCCCAGUUGAUUCCUUGGUGUUUGGUGGAAAUAUCUUGCAUAGCUUUAACGUUCCCAUGCAGCUUCGCAUUCAUGAAAUUGAGGACAGAACAAGGGUACAAGCCAAGUUCCGCUACCCAUUUUACUAUGAGAUGUGUUGGUAUGUUUUGGAGAGAUACGUGUUCUGUCUAACCCAGCGCUCUCAUUUCAGCAGGGAGUAUCUACAAGAAUCAAUGUUAAUUGAUACCACGAGGAAACAUAGCUUGGACAGCUUCUCAUCCGAUUCCUGGGGAGACAUGGAUGAGGAUUUGUGCGAUGUUGGUCCCCAGGAAGACAAGGACAACCACCCAGAAAAAGUCCCCAAGAUCUCAUCCGACGUCCCCUCUUCUCCUAACAGCACACACUCGGAGGGGAAGGAGAUGUUGGGGAAGAAGGCAAAAUCUCGCUUCUUCAAAAGGACUCUGUCCAACGAGUCGGAGGAAAGUAUAAAGUCAGCCACGGUGGACUAUUCCAAAACCCCCACCGGGUCUCCUGCCACGGAGGUCCCCGCCAAGUGGACUCACUUGACCGAAUUUGAGCUGAAAGGCUUGAAGGCCCUGGUGGAAAAACUAGAAUCUCUUCCGGAGAAUAAGAAAUGCGUCCCCGAAGGCAUUGAAGACCCUCAAGCUCUCCUGGAAGAUAUGAAGAACAUCCUGAAGGAACAUGCAGAGGAUGACCAGAAUCUGGCCAUUUCUGGGAUCCCCGUGGUAUCCUGGCCUAAGAAAAACGCAAAGAACCGGACCGUUGGACGUCCAAAGGGGAAGUUGGGUCCUUCCUCGGCCGUGAAGCUUGCAGCGAAUCGGACGACUGCAGGCGCGCGCCGGAGAAGGACGCGAUGUCGCAAGUGCGAGGCCUGCUUGAGGACAGAGUGUGGCGAAUGUCACUUCUGCAAGGACAUGAAGAAGUUUGGGGGGCCUGGCCGGAUGAAGCAGUCCUGCAUUAUGAGGCAGUGCAUCGCGCCGGUGCUGCCUCACACUGCGGUGUGCUUGGUGUGUGGAGAAGCUGGCAAGGAAGACACGGUGGAGGAAGAAGAGAGCAAAUUUAAUCUGAUGCUUAUGGAGUGCUCAAUCUGCAACGAAAUCAUCCACCCGGGGUGCCUCAAGGUCCGGGAAUCGGAUGGCGUGGUGAACGAGGAGCUUCCGAAUUGCUGGGAAUGUCCAAAGUGCAACCAUGCUGGAAAAACUGGGAAACAAAAGCGGGGUCCUGGGUUCAAGUACGCCUCCAACCUGCCGGGCUCUUUGCUCAAGGAGCAGAAGAUGAACCGGGAGAACAAGGAAGCCGUCCCCGAGGUCCCCAAGCGGAAAGUCGAGUGCGAGGAAUCGCCCCGCAAGAAAUCCGACGAGCGCCCUCCGAAGCCCCCGCUGGACCCUCUCUUGAGGAGGAAGUCGGAGGAAGCCCACCUGCGCCGCAAACGGAAAUUCGAGAAGCCCCAAGAGCCGGCGAUGAGGAAGCGGCUAAAACUGGGCAAAGAAGAGAAGCUGUUCAGGAAAAAGAGGCGCUCCUGGAAGACCCCCGACGACCGGGCAGCCGCCCUCAAGCCCCUGCGGCGCUUCAAGCAAGAGCCGGGCGAGGCCUUCCCGGAGGAGCCUCCGAAAACCAAGGAGAGCGACCAGUCGCGUUCCAGCUCGCCCACAGCGGGGCCCAGCUCGGAAGGCGCCGAAUCCCGGGAGAAGAAAAAAUUCAAGAUCCGCCGGAAAGCGCGCCUGCCCAACAAGGAGCUGAGCAAGGAGCUGAGCAAGGAGCUGAACCAGGAGAUCCAGAAGACGGAGAACAGCCUGGCCAACGAGAACCACCAGCCGCCCAUCAAGUCGGAGCCGGAGAGUGAGAACGAGGAGCCCAAGCACGGCCUCGGCCUGGAGCGGCCGCAUCCGCUCAGCAAGGGCUUCAACGGGACGCCGCGGGAACUCCGCCACCAGCUCCUCUCCAGCCUCCGCAGCAGCAGCACCACCCCCAGGGCCGUCGCCCGUCCCCCGCCUUCCCUCUCGCCUCCCAAGUGCAUGCAGAUGGAGCGGCACGUGGUCCGGCCGCCCCCCAUCAGCCCCCCGCCGGACUCGCUCCUGCUGGACGACGGAGCAGCCCACGUGAUGCAGAGGGAGGUGUGGAUGGCCGUCUUUGGCUGCCUCAGCCCCGGGGAGCUCUGCAUCUGCAUGAGGGUGUGCCGGACCUGGAAUCGGUGGUGCUGUGACAAAAGACUGUGGACCAAAAUAGACCUCAACCAUUGUAAAUCCAUCACUCCCCUGAUGCUGAGCGGCAUCAUCAGAAGACAGCCGGCCACGCUAGACCUGAGCUGGACAAAUAUAUCGAAAAAGCAGCUGAGCUGGCUUAUCACCCGCCUUCCAGGUCUCCGGGAUCUGCUUUUGGCUGGGUGCUCGUGGAUUGCCGUGUCCGCUCUCUGCAGCUCCAGUUGUCCCCUUCUUCGAACUCUGGACAGCCAGUGGGUGGAAGGCCUGAAGGAUGCUCAGAUGCGAGACCUUUUGUCACCGCCAACUGACAACCGGCCAGGCCAGAUUGACAACCGAAGCAAACUGCGCAACAUCACAGAUCUCCGCCUGUCCGGCUUGGACAUCACGGACACUUCUCUGCGUCUGAUUAUCCGGCACAUGCCUCUCCUGUCCAGACUCAACCUCAGCUACUGCAAUCACGUGACGGACCAGUCCAUCAACUUGCUAACGGCGGUGGGGACCACCACGCGGGACUCCCUAACCGAGGUUAUUUUGAAAGACUGCAACAGGGUGACGGAUCAGUGCCUGUCGUACUUCAAGCGCUGCGGAAGCAUCUGCCACAUCGACCUCCGUUACUGCAAGCAGGUCAGCCGGGAAGGCUGCGAGCGCUUCAUCGCCGAGAUGUCGGUCAGCGUCCAGUUCAGCCAGGCGGAGGAGAAGCUGCUGAAGAAGCUGAGCUAG